CUCUCUCUGCUUCAAUAAUGGCCUUAUUCUCUCCAAAGUCAGAGCUUUUGUUCUUGUUCUUCUUCAUCUUUUGUCUAUCCUUCAAUCUUAGCCGUUCAAAUAAAGAUGAUGAUGUUCAUGAUCUCCUUCCUUCUUACAAUCUUCCAAAGGGUCUUCUCCCAAACAAUGUGAAAUCCUACACUAUUUCCACAAAAGACGGUUCUUUUACUGUCCAACUCACACAUCCAUGUUAUGUACAGUUUCAAGAUCAGCUUGUUUACUACCAAAAAGAUAUUAAAGGGAAGUUGAGUUAUGGAUCUGUCUCUGAUGUCACUGGAAUACAAGCAAAAAAGUUGUUUGUAUGGGUAUCUGUAACUGGGAUUAGUGUUGAUGAAGAGUCUCAGAUGAUUGAAUUUCAUGUUGGAUUUUUGUCUGAAAAGUUACCAGCUAAGGAAUUUGAAAAUAUUCCUACUUGUACUAAUAAGAUUAAGGGCUGCCAACAUUCUGCCUUUGCUUCAAUAUGAUGAGGACAAAUGGAGCUCUCAGAGGUACUGUUAUGCUUCUUGUGAAGAAUGAAAUGUCGACUCGGCUUGAGAAAUAGUCAGUAUUUGGAGUCUAUGAAAUUCUUCCUUAACAGAAACAGAAGAAGGGACUUCUAUCUUUGGUGGCUGUUCUUCUUGGUUCAAUAUUUCCUUCUCAAUUCUCACACAUCUAUAAACAAACGAAAUAGCACAUUUCGAUUUAUAAUAAUCUUUUGAUCAC